UUGACUCGUGAUCACAAACGGGGCUGGAGAGGGGCUCGCCGAGACAUUUUUGAUGAAAAUGUACGAAAAUCCGUCAACAUGGACUAUACUUGACAAUCGGAUCAUCCAUUGACCCUCUGACAGACAUCUUGUCAGUUACUCAUCAUGUCUGGACAGCAGCAGUCGCCUUCACGCCCCGCAGUUCGAAGGCAUUCCUCACAAGUCCGAUUCUCACGGGGCGAUCGAUCGCCCAUAGGUACACUCACAUCUGAAGAGUCGAGUCAGGGGGAUUCGGGCACGCUGCGAGGCAGAGCCCAAGCUCCGUCGCAUACUCGAGGACACAGUGAUUUCAACGAUAUCAAUACGUAUCCUGUCGCCAGCGAGACCAGUCAUUCCGGUUACACCAAUCCAUACUAUAACAGCGAAGCGGACGAGACGGAGCUUGACACUCGGUCUCAAAGAGAUUCCGCUCAGAGCUCAGAGACCAUAGUGGCUGCAGACCACAAUCGUGGCGGACUAAGAGAUUCUUACACUUCGACCCCUCCUCGGAUUCAAACUCGACGUGCGACGAACCCAACUAACAUGGUUCCUCCUUCGGACAAGCGGCAAGACAUCUCGACGCCUCCCGCCACUAUGCGCGGUAAUGGACCCAUGAACCUACCCACCGGCGGUCGACCGAGCAUGGCGACGCCUCCUGCACCCGCUCCGUAUGUUGAAGAAAUGCUAUCACCAAAGUCGAUGCCGUCCGAAUGGGGUUCGCCUGCGUCCCAAUGGCAACCUCAGCCUCCCAGCCCCAGUCCCGCGAGACCACCCUCGGCUUUGAAGCAGACCUCGGCAUCCCCCAUCCCGACUGGGCCUCCUAUUCCUGGCUCUACUGCAGGCUUCAUGGGGCAAGGUUUCAGACAGUUUGACCAACCUGGGCCCAUCUACGCGCCUCCACCUUUCCCACCAUCCACCCCAGCUGCUAGCCAUGAACCCAUCGCGCCUCAGCAAGGGACUGAUCCAGGUUCAGAGCCAAGGUUCUCCCUGCGAGAAUGGCAAGAAUACCAGCAGCGUCAACAAUGGGCUCAAAACGUCGGUCGACACGAUUCGGAUGAGACACUCACAGGAGGAUAUCCCGUCAACACUGAGAAACCUUCUGUACCUCGAGGCUCAGAGGCUAUGCAUCUCGAGCCAGUUGGGCCGAAUGAGCAAACUGGGAUGAGGCGACGAACAACACGUGAAGUUGAAGGCAAUGACGAGGUCCAUCACGUCAAGGGCGGAGUAUUUUCCCAGCUCCUCCGGCUCGCGGGUCGGAGCAAUACGCUGAAGAAUCGAAACAUGUCAAUUGGAGCCAGUAGUCAAGGCACUUCAGGAGAGCUUCCCAUCAUGGAGAAUCUGGGCAUCAGAUCUCGAGCAAACUCAUUCACGUCGACCAUCUUCCCCAUGGACGAGCUCGAGCCUGAUGACCCUCGGGUGACAGGUAAGAAGCCCAAGCCUAAGGAUCCAAAUUGGGACGACUUGGCGUAUGUUCAGACCACGGGAGUGGUUCGCAAGCGUAAAGGCUCCAUUCAACUCCAUGUAGCGGGUGAGACCAGGGUUCGUUUUGCUUUGGCUGAUAGUAGACAUUCUCACCCGCCAACAAUUCAUCUUGAAGCUCGCAAAAGCAUUGAUGGUAUUUGGAGCGCCAUCUCAUCGGGUCGAAUCUCAACUUAAUGCCACGGCAAAUGUCUUGGAGGUUGACGCCCAGUUUAUUCACCUGCCAUCGAUCGUCAUUGCUUCUUUUGGUGAUCCUGAUACGCGUACAUCCGACACGCAAUUCAUCAAAGCAUCUGG